AUGGGCCUCCGAUUUUUUUAUGGGCCUCCGAUUUUGGAACAGAGCCCGUAUUUCGAACGAAAUUGGUCCGUCGGCACCUCUACCGAGGUAGUCAAACCAAUUGAGGGACCACGCGCUCUGCAGAUCGCCAUUACCUCCUUCCCCAUUGCAGCAAAGAAAUAUGGACUCGAAUUUUACAAGUUCGAGUACCUCAAGGAUGGUGUUCGCUUCAGCAGCGGCUGCUACAUCCCAAUGGUUGAAGUCAUGUAA